CCACCAUCAACCUCCAAGAAACAAACCACAAUUCACUAAAAAGAAUUAAAUAAAUCCAAAAUCCAAAAUCCAAAAAUGGUUUGUACCCCCCAAUCCCGCCGCCCUCCCCUCCCAUUCCAAAUCCCACUGCAUACUAACAAACAUGUUAACCUUCCCCAGUCCGCCCCAACAACCCCCGCCCUCGCCCUCUCCCUCCUCACCUCCCUCGGCGGCGCAAUCGGAUACGCACGCACCGGUUCCCUCCCCUCAAUCAUCGCCGGUCUCUCCGUCGGCGCACUAUACCUCCUCUCGUUCUUCCGGCUGCGCGGCGGACAGGCGUGGGGCGAGGAAAUCGGGCUCCUGGCCUCCAUUGUCCUGGCGGGUAGCUCGAUUCCCAGGGCAAUUAAGUUGAGAAAGCCGGUUCCGGUGGCUUUGAGCGUUGUAGCGCUUUAUGGCCUGGUGGUUUUUGGCGGCGCGGUUAAGAAGAGAGUUUGA